AUGAUGAAUCGGUACACAGUCCUCCUUAUAACUAUUGUCGUUCCACUGCUUGUUCAAUCGAAUUUACGAAGGGGUAGAAUUCCUGUGAGGCGGAAUGUAAGAGCCAGCGCUGUUGAUUGGUACGACUCCUUCAAGAAUGAAACUUUAGAAGAAGAAACACGAUAUCAGGCAAUGGUUCGUUGGUCUGGCUUGUUCAAUGGAAUGGCAAAUCGGAGCGACAAUCUUUUGAAGCUUGCACAAUGGCAAGUUAAUGCUACUAAAAGUCCUUAUAUGAAGGAAAUGCAGCAGCAUAUUGAUUUUGUACAAAAAGAGAUUGAUCGAUUCACAACUUUCAGAAAGUUGAAAGUUUGGUUAUCAAAUGAAUCCGUAUGGCGAUCAAGAUAUUUUCAAAACACUUGUAAGCACAUGAAAAUUCUCCUUGUUUGUUUACGGGGUGGACUGGUGAAUUUAUUAUCCUUCCUGAAGCAGCCAAUUUGAUAUUGAAGAGGUUUCUCAACAAUGCUACUGUAUGAGUUUGCUUGCUGACUGCUAAUGAUCAUUUCGAUUCGCGUCAAUCUACUACUACAUCUGUAAAUCUUACAGCUCUAAGCAUUUCUGUUAAAAUGGCUUUGAAAUCCACCGUGCGCACAAUGUCGAUCAGUGAUGGAAGUCCAUGGUUGCAUUGACUCUUUAGAAAAGUGAUUUCAUUUCACUGCGAACUUGACUUUCGCACACACGAACACACACGUAACACAUCCAUGUAUAUCGGUCACUACAUUCUAGCCCACACUUGAAUUGAUUUAUUACAUUAUUUUCUGUGCAACGAACACGAUGUGACUGGAAAGCGUAUCCCGCUGUGGAAAGUGAAAUCCUGUGAAACUAAUCAACUCUUCAUUUCAAUUUUCAGAUCUCAGUGGCUUCUCUAACGACUUGGCUGUUGCUGUGAAUGUGAGCUGAUGUUAUUAAAUAAAAGUGUUUAGUGACCCUAUUUAUGUCUAACCACAAACAGUUCACUGAAAAGAAAAGUAUGCUGACUGUAGUAAAACCUGUAGAGAUUGCAGACAAUCAGUUUUUGACAGUCUAAGUUGAUGACGAUGAACAUGAUGACGGUAAAGAGUCUCAUUCGGAUGCUCAUUAAUGAUCACUUGCCUAGUGCUCGCGAGACAUGCAUAUCAUGAAAUUAUAUGAUAAUAAUGAACGUAAUUGAAGAAUAGGGAGUGGAUGACACUGUCAGUCUUCCCUUUGAGUCAGUCAACAUGAAGUCAACACACAGGAAUUAUCGCAUUGAUAUCGUGGAUCACUCUGCAGAUGAAGUUUGGAUAGAAACACAUCUCCAUUUGUAUGCUUUCGAAAAGUGCGAAUAAAUUAAGCUGCGCUUAACCUGUGGUCGUAUAUAAUCCAAAUGUCAUUCCAAAUAUUAAAGCGUUUCAUCUUGAUGUUUUCAAUGUUCAAACUCAUUCAUGGGGGAUGAUGUGUUUUCUUUCAUAUGCUGUGAGACUAUACACUUUUAUUCAAUAAAUGAUACAGACUGAGAUAGAUUUAAAAUUCAUACCUCUGACGUGUUUAAUGUGAUAUAGUGAGGUGUUGUGGAUUUUGUGUGAGUGAUGAUGAAUCUCGGUAGGAAUGCAGUAGAGGCGCAAGCAGAAUCAUAGAAAUUCAAGAAGAACAGACCCAUUCUCUCCACAUUGCUGUAUACAUAUUAAUCAUUUUUAAAAUUCUCAUCUAGGUGGUAGAUACACGUGAAGAAAUAAGGAAGCAACGCUUGAAUCCACAACAGUGAUGCAUUACUGUCGCUGAAAUUUUUCAAACAUUUCCAACACUUAAUUCUAGUAAUGAAUUCUGCCUCUUACAGGCUUUUGUAGUUUAGCAUUA